AUGGAACGUAGAAAAGGUGCCUCUGGUCAACUACUGGGUCCAGAGGCGCUAGUGCUGCGUGUUUUGGGACUUUGGAGACAGCAGCAAGGCGGCGGGAACUUACCUGGAGUUCUGAUUGCGUCGGUAACUCUGGCCUCGAUCGCUGUAGUUCCUGCUGGAGCUGCUCUCAGACUGUGUGCAGAUUUUCCAGAAGAACUCGAGGAAUUGGUGCUCUGCAGCUACAUGUUUAUUAUUUGCUCCGGAUCUCUGAUUAAGGUUGCUCUUUUGAUUGGAGAAGGGGGAACUCUACGUGAGCUGGUUCGCCUACUGAGCGAUACAAGGAGACAGUAUGGCAGCGGAGACAGCAGUGAUUGCAUCCGCAACCGUUAUACAAGAAUAGUGGAUAGACUGCACCGAUACUUCCAGGUGAUGACUGUACCUGCGCUGAUGUGUUGGGUGGCGUCUCCGCUGCUUUCCAAUGGCGCCCUGACAGCUGGUCAGCAGGACCAGCGACAGCUGCCUCUGCCACUCUGGCUACCUGCAGACACACACGCGUCGCCGACGUAUGAACUGCUGUUCAUCAUCCAAGCCACCUGUCUGACGAUAACGGCGGAGGCCACGCUGUGUCUGGAUGUUUUCUUUGUUCGCCUCAUGAUGUUCGUUGCAGCCGAGAUAGAAGUCUUAGAUCAAAGCAUUUCAACAAUGCAUAAUUGCCAUCUGAAGGAUACAGCGCCGCAUGAUUAUCUAUAUGGAGUCAGGAGCGAGCGGUCGUUGAUGGCAACCGGUGUUUGUCACUCAACUCCACCUGUAGACGAAUCCUCAGACACCGCUUCAGAUGAAAUGUUCUCUAAGCUAGUGAAGAAUGCUCUUCAUCACCAGGCAAUUCUCAGGUCAGCCUCUUUGUUGCAGACAGCAAUGAACGUCUCUACCUUCAUUCUUCUGUUUUUCAAUAUGGCAAACUUGUGUUCAAUUAUGUUUGUCACGUCUGGUUUGCUGCAGAGAGACGGAAAUCUGACGAAGGCGAUGAAGGCGUUCUUGACGAUACCUCCCGUCCUGUUCCAGACUGGGAUGUACUGCAUUUUCGGCCAAAUCACAACUGACCAGAGUGAGAAGCUGUCUCAUUCGGCCUUCAGCUGUGGUUGGAUCAACUGCAAUUCUCACUUCAAACGCAGCCUGCUCAUCUUCAUGAUGAUGGUGGGAAGGCCGGUCGAGAUCACAGUCGGAAAGACGUGCCAGCUGUCCAAGCAGAUGUUGCUCCAGGUACUCAACGGAACAUACGUCCUGCUCAACAUGCUUUUCCAAGUACGCAACACUGAGUAA